AUGACCAGUGGUGCCUUUUCACUUGUGUUGCUCAAUAAAGGCUUUUGUAGGAUUCACAUCUCAACAGCCUUUAUUUUGAAAGUGCACAGGAUGUGUGUGGGUGGUGUUUGCACGUGUGCAGGAUUAGAAGACAGCCGUGUGCUCUUCAUCCUCCUCAUCCUCUUCAUCAUGGAGCUGCAGUUCAGCCUCGUCUUCUUUUUCACCGCCAUUGUCGCCUUCCUUUUGGCCGUCGUUCUGCACAGGAAGUCCAAGACCCCGCUUUCCUGCAGCGCAAACAAGGAGCUCCAACUUCAGCCUCAGGCUGUCCCAGAAGCACCAUCAACAUCCGUUUCAGGAGAAACUCCAAAACCGGUCAAAGAAUCCUCUCUAGGUACUCUCCUUGGAACAUCCCAAGAUUCUGAUUCAGAAUCAGUGUCUGCUCCAGAAACACUUCCGAAUUCAAUCUCAGAACCAGUUUCACUGCUCGGCCCAUUUUUGGCAUCGUCAACAAGGCCUAAAGUUUCAGAACUCCUUCCAGCGAAUCAGUCAGUCAGCAAAUUAGUUUGUGUACAAGAAACCGCUUCUAGUUCGGAGUCAGCCUUCUCAAACAUUUCACUUCGAGAAGCGGCCCCUCAGCCAGAACCAGCAAGUGCUUUAGAACCCGUGCCACAACCACUGGUAGCACCAAAACCAGUUUCAAAAAUUGUUCCUCAGCUGGUGACAGUUGCACACACAAAUUGUAUUCCAGAACAAGUUUCCGAACUAGCACCAGAUCCUGCACAGAAACAGAUUUCAGUGGCACAGAGGGAUCCGUAUCCAAAACCCUUCUCUGAACCAGAGCUUGAAACAGUUUGUGUUCCAUUACCAGCUUCUGAACAAGUGUCAGUACCACAGGUCGUUACAGAAGAAGAGCCAGUUUCAGAACUAGAACCUGAUUUCCAGUCUGAAUUCAAACCUGAAGAGGUCUUAGAGGUUGUGGCUGAGUCGGUUUCACGAUCUGUGAAUACAACUGAUCUGGUCUCAAGAUCCCCAGAAGAGAACCUUGAACCUGUUGCUGAGCCAGCAACCAAGCUUGGAGCAGAACCCCAUCCAGAACCAGAGAUUAAAGGAGCGGCGUCCUCCCAAGAAAAAGUUUGCUUCUCUCCUGGAAAGAAACAAAACAAGUUGGAGACUCUGAUGAGCAAGGAAGAGAUGGAGGAGGAGCAGAGGGUGCAACAGGAGCAGCUGGCGGCCAUCUUUCUGCUGCUGAGGGAGAAUCAGGAGGAGCUGGAGGUGACAGAAGGAGACAUGGAGGAGCAGCUGAAGUUGUACUCACUGUGAAUUUGCAGCUUUCACUCCCCACUAGACACUUGUACUCACUGUGAAUUUACAGCUUUCACUCCCCACUAGACACUUGUACUCACUGUGAAUUUACAGCUUUCACUCCCCACUAGACACUUGUACUCACUGUGAAUUUACAGCUUUCACUCCCCACUAGACACUUGUACUCACUGUGAAUUUGCAGCUUUCACUCCCCACUAGACAGGAGCAUCUUGUUGAAGGACGUAGAAGCCUCGGAGUUUACACACUGGAGAAGAAACACAAGCUGCAGGAAUGUUCCAGAAGACCUUUCUUGCUCUAAUGUUG